UCCAAGCUGCACAACACAAGUUCCUUAUGAGUGGAAGGGGGAAAGCACCAUGAACAUGAGUUUCUUUGAAAAGCUGAAAAACCUACACUGUGGACCUCCUGCUCCACCCAAAAGAAUAGAUAUCAAUGCAGGAUGUGGUUGGUCCGAGGAUGAAUUAGAUGAGGAAGAUGGUGAUACGUAUGAAGCUCCUCCUUGUGAGCGUCCUACCAUCAAAGUUCAGCAUCGGCAUGUAGAAGAGAAUGUAUACCUUGGCUACCCUGAGAGGCCUCCAUACCCCAUAAAUCCCCAAAGACAGGCAGCGCCACCACCACGACCAGCCAAGAUCACACCUAAAAUGAAAUCCCCUAAGCCGCUACCUGAUCAAGAGGAGUUCUACGUUGAUUCCAACAACAGAAAAUGUCCUGAAGUCUCCCAUAAAGAUUGGGCUGGGAAGAAGUUGGCCCCUAGGAAGAGCCCUCCUGCAAUACCUGCUCCAAACCUAGAAGAAGAUGUUUACCUGGAUCCAAAUGAAGGACAGAGUGAAAGAGAACCUGUACAUGAUAUAUAUGUGGAACCUACAACAGCAUGCCCCCCUGUACCCCGUGGUGGUGUUCGCAUGCUUCCACCCAAAACAAUAGCGAGAGAUCUUCCUCUACCUGUUAUGAAACCACCUGUCCCUAGAGCCAAAUCCAACUCUCUCAUCACCAGCGACUCAGUGAAAGCAGUAUCACUGCCAGAUGUGAAGAUCCACACUAUUCCUGCCCAUGUACCAUCACCAAUCCAAAACGUCAGACCUCCUCUUGCCAUUGAGGCCAUAAAAGAUGCCAAGCCCAGCUCACCCACUUCUCCUGCAGUAGACAGUAGUGCACCAGUGACGCAUCCUGGAGAACAGGAGAUGGGGCUGCAGGACAGAGAGUGGUUUGCUGGGAUAUGUGGACGCAAAACUGCAGAGGACACCUUACUGAAAGUUAAUAAGGAUGGCUCCUUCAUGGUUAGGUGCAGCACGGCUCAGAACGCACGACAACCUUUUACUCUAGUCGUGCUUUUUAAUCAGAAAGUCUACAACAUUCCUGUGCGCUUUCUCAAGGACUCGUGCAGCUAUGCCCUGGGCAAAGAGGGGAAGAAAUGUGAGGAGCUUUUUAGCAGUCUGCAGGAGAUAAUUUCUCAUCACAAGGAUAACCCCCUUCUGCUGAUUGACAGCAGGAGUCAGGCUAAACACACCACCUACCUCACACAUCCUGUACACCUGUAACACACCAAAAUACACGCAGACAUGUAUACAAUAUCCAUACUCUGACAUAAUUAGUUAGGAUCACUCACUCUCAAUAUUCCACCCAUAAACAUAUAUACUGUAGAUAUAUGCAUUAUAAUUUACCCCUAUUUACCUUUACUUUAACAGUGUAGAAGUUGAGUACACAUAAUAGUUAUUAUAAAGUUUAAUUUUUAGUAACUGUAAUGACUUGCUUGCAUUUACUGCAAUUACUUAAAUAAACUGGCAAAAGAAAUAAUCAAAUGACUUCUCUAGUGAUCUAGUGAUUCUUCUUAGAUGUUUGUAACUCUAUUGUAUAGUUAGGAUUUUUAUUAGGGGUCCAAUCACCAAAGCUGUUAGAACUCUACUGUUUUUGUUAGGAUUUUUAUGAAGGAGUCCACCAAAUUUGAGUCAGAGCACCAAAUUUGGAGGAAAGGUGCAGUAUGCCCCCCCUAAUCAAGCAAGUGCAGGAACCCAGUUAGGUUUGAUGAUGGCACUAUAGUACAAGCUUUUACAUUUUAGCCCAUAACUCCUGUACAAUAAGGUAAAAUUCUUGGUUCUGUAGAUUCCUUGGUUCAAACUUAAAAUUAAGCAAUAUGCCUGCCACAUUCCAAUCCAUCCAUUCAGGGUUGGAUCUUAAUUAAGAUGGCUAAAAAUCAUGAUCACUUACUUAGAUCACUAGUGCCUUUGUGCCUUGGAUGAUUUUGAGGUGAUCUUUCAAUUUUCAAAAUUUUGCAUGCUGAUUCUUUGAGCUAGGCUGUAAGUGGGGUUUUAAGGAAGACUUGGUAAUUGAAAAACAUAUGGCUGCUCUCAGCCAAUCAGAUUUCAACAGACAUAUGACAGGCAUUUGCCAAUCAUCACAAAAAUUAAAUGGUAUGUAAAGCUAUGAAUUGUGUUCUACCUUAUAAAAUUUUAUAAAAUAUUAUAAAAUAUGAAAAUAUUCCCCUAAGAAUUGGGACUCCACUACUAUAACGUUACACGUCAUCAUACGUCAUCUAGGUCCUAAUUCUCUCUCUCGAAUUGGCAAUAUUUGAGUAAAAAGUUUAGCGAUUUCUAAUUAUUGGGGGACUAGCCCCCCUCAAUGUCUUUGGUGGUUACAGCCCUGAUCAGACAUGAAAAUAUUUUGUGGCACUAUCGUGAAGUCUGUAAUGAUAUGACGUUAGCAAACUUUUUUGCAAACAUUUCUUUGAAUAACAUCACCGUAAAUAUGAACACACGAUUGAAUGUAACA